CGAAUUAUGAACAGAAACAAGGAAGAACUAAAGCAAAUCUCAUCUCAGAAGCCUUUCAUUCUGGUAUCGUCACACGUAAAUAUGGACAAUAGUAAAAUUUCAUCAGACGAUUCGAUGACUUCACAUGAUACACCUCCAUUUUUAUCUCACAUGUAUAUUGAUCAAAAGAUUCAUUCAUUCAAUAGUAAAUUUAAUUAUUUAAAACCAUAUUUAUCAAAAGGUUCCAGAGGAUCUUUACCUUAUACACUUAAUAUACCUGAGUCUAUACCAGAGGUUUCUGUUUCACCACGUCGUCAUUCCGUAUCAUUCAAUCUAGUUGAUAGUCAUUCACAAAAUUCUUCGCAUCAUCAACGUUCAAGUUCAUCAUUACUGGACGAUAUCAUAAUUGAACCCAUUGAAUUUGAGAGAUGUUUAUCUCCUUUAAGGGCAUGUGAUCUAGCUGCACCAUGUAGUAAUACAUUCGAAGAAGUUCUAAAAACACUUAAACAAGACAACCGCGGUGAUCGUUAUAGCAAUGAUGAAUUUAUUGGUUAAGAAGGCAUUGAUAUUUCACCGCGACACCUGAUUUAUAUCU